AUGGAGAGAGCACCGAUUAAGGGACCUCUACGGUCGCACAUGAAAGAGAAGCUGCGCGUCAUGUGUCUGCACCGCCUGAGUGCAGACGAGUACGAGGCGCUGCUGCUGGACAUGCAGAGGGCGCUGUAUGAGGAUGCCGGUGAUGAUGAUGCGCACUUGGAGCCACCCCUCCCCUCGGGCUAUCAUAGCAUGGAGGAGGAGGAGGCAUACCAGCAGGGCAUGGAGGAUGCUCAGAUCAUGGACGCACUCGCUUAUCAGCAGGAGGCAAUGGUGAUCUGCCCGCUGUGCAAGGCCCGCCCUCUGCGCAUGCAUGGUGCCACCAUUGAGUGCUCCUGUGGCCAUUUCUCCCUCCACACACACCAUGACCAUGUGACUUUAGAGCAUCUGGCAGCGCGGCUGCAGGAGGUGACGUGGCAGCAUGCUGUGGACUGCCCUGCGCUGCCUUCUUUCACGCUUCACAGGACCCACGGCGUCACAGCCCUCCUCGCCCACUGCCAUGCAUGCCCCUUCUUUGAAAUAGUGCUGUAG